GCAGCAGCCACAUGAACCGCAGCAGGGGAUCCAGUCCGCUCCAAGCUCUCCAUGUUGGAACGGAGCAACUUCUCCUCCAGCCGACUCCAGUCGUCCGCCUCAGUCCGCUGCUGCUCCCCUAAACCCCACUGUCUCUCCACUAUGAUGCUGGACUGGAAAUGAAGCUCCAGAACAACUGCAUGAGCGCCUAGCUGGUCGACACAGAGUGAGACAGGCGGCUACAACAAAGGCCUCUGGAUGCAGUGUCUCCUGUGGCUCAGGUGAAAGUUGGUGUAAUGAUUACUAAAAACAAGCAUGCCCCACGUGACAGCAAGACGAGUGCCUUCACCCCAACAAGAGGACGAGCAGGUUGUCACAAUGAAGGAGGAAAAUCUGUUCCAGCGGAGGUUUUCUCUCUGCCCGAAUGCCACCUCCCCUCCCAAAAUUGACCCCCGCUCCCUCACCCGGAACCUGUCUUAUGGAGGAGACAAUGACCUCUACAACCUCAGCCCAGGCAGUGACACAGACAGGAACAGCCUCUCCAUGCUGAGUAAUGAACUUAGUCCUGCCCAAUCACCAGGCAGCAAGUCGGAGUCCAGGAUGUUUAAUGGUGUUGAGAAGGACUGCCCCUCCCCAACAGAGAAGCUAGCCAGGAAGGAAUCUCUUAAGGUCCAAAAGCAAAAUUACAGACAAGAGAAGAAACGUGCAGCCAGAGAACUGUUCACUGCACUGAAGGACCCCAGUGUUGUCAUCAUGUCCAACUGGCUAAAAAUCCGUGGCUCUUUAAAGAGUUGGACCAAGCUGUGGUGUGCCCUGAAGCCUGGAGUUCUUUUGAUCUAUAAGACUCCUAAAACAGACCACUGGGUGGGCACCAUCCUUCUCAGUGCAUGCAAGCUGAUUGAAAGACCGUCAAAGAAGGACGGCUUCUGCUUCAAGCUCUACCACCCGCUGGACAAAUCCAUCUGGGCUGUCAAGGGUCCCAAAGGAGAGAAUGUUGGCUCCAUCACGCAGCCUUUACCAAGCAACUACCUGAUCUUCAGAGCAGCAUCUGAGUCUGACGGUCGGUGCUGGAUGGAUGCCCUGGAGCUGGCUCUCAGCUGCUCCAGUCUGUACAAGCUGACAGCUAAAGCAGGGAGAGAGGCAGAUAUCAGCACGACUUCAGAGUCGUCCCAUAUACUCCACCUGCUGCAGUCAACUGCACUCACUGAAUCUGAGCUCUUACAGUUAAAUGACACUGUGCUGCUGGGCAAUCACCACAUGGAGCAUGAUGGCUUUUCUGACAAAUCUGAGCGGGAGGCUCAUGACGACUGGGACACUCCGGCCAAUGAGAACGGUGGUAGGCUGACAGAGGAGAGCGACAUGGACCAAUCAGACGAAUUGUCCCCCGGCCCGCAGGCCACAGCCUAUGUGGAGCAGAGCACAGAGGAGAUGGCUGAGGCUGGGGAGGCGUCCCAGGUGGAGACAGUAUCAGAGGAGCAUAAGGGUCUCAUAUGGACCCUGCUGAAGCAGCUGCGGCCGGGCAUGGACCUGUCUAAGGUGGUGCUGCCCACCUUCAUCCUGGAGCCUCGCUCUUUCCUGGACAAGCUUUCUGACUACUACUACCACGCUGAUCUGCUGUCACAAGCUGCUCUGGAGGAGAGUGCAUACGGUCGGAUAAAGCAGGUUUUGAGAUGGUACCUUUCCGGCUUCUACAAGAAGCCCAAGGGUCUGAAGAAGCCUUACAACCCGAUCCAGGGGGAAACAUUUCGUUGCUGCUGGCUUCAUCCUCAAACUGACAGUUGCACUUUCUACAUAGCUGAACAGGUGUCCCACCAUCCGCCGGUCUCUGCCUUUUAUAUCUGCAAUAGGAAGGAUGGUUUCUCCAUCAGUGGGAGCAUCCUGGCCAAGUCUAAGUUCUAUGGAAACUCUUUGUCUGCCAUUCUGGAUGGCAAGGCCAGGCUGCUGUUUCUGAGCAGGGACGAGGAGUACAUCAUCACCAUGCCGUACGCCCACUGCAAAGGGAUCCUGUACGGCACCAUGACAUUAGAGCUGGGAGGAAAGGUUACCAUUGAGUGUGAGAAGACAAAGUGUUUAGCAGAGCUUGAGUUCAAACUCAAGCCUUUCCUCGGAGGGUCCAGCUCUGUGAAUCAGAUCAGUGGAAAGAUUUUUCUCGGAGAGGAACUGCUGGCUACUGUUGAUGGACACUGGGACGGUGAGGUGUUCAUCAGUGAGAAACGCUCGGGCCAGCAGGAGACGCUGUGGAACCCGAGCCCUGACAUCCGCAGCAGCCGCCUCAAGAGACAAGUCGUGCACCUGGAACAGCAGGGAGAGUUUGAGUCCGAGAGACUGUGGCAGCAUGUGACCAGUGCCAUCAUGGAUCGGGACCAGCUUAGGGCCACCCAGGAGAAGUUUGUCCUGGAGGAAGCUCAGCGGAAAGAGGCCAGGGAGAGAGGAGACAAAGCCUGGAACCCAAAACUUUUCCAACAGGACCCCGUCACCUCUGAGUGGACCUACAGACACAUUGAUGUGCAGCCGUGGGACCCUGAGCGCUGUCUGGUUCAGUUUGAGAAGGACGGAGUGAUUCAGACACAUGAGAAGAGCCAGAGGCAACACAAUGGACUCUCCUACAGCCACAGCUGGGCCAGCCAACAGAAGGCUAAGGUGAACGGGAAACACAGGAAGGCGAGCAGCCAGCCGUCCAGCUGUAGUCAAAACACAGAGAGCAGCAGCACCACGCCAGAACCCACACACGAGUCCUCGGACAAUGAAGGGUUCUCUAAUCAGUGUGCACGUUGCAGUAAAGAGGUGAAAGACAUCGCCCUGAUCGAAGCCUCCAUCAUAUCCAUACAGAAGACACAGCAGGACAUCCAGAGGAACCUGGUGGCUCUGAGUCAUCAGCUGACUCGUCAGAGAGCGUCAGAGGACGGGGUGUCAUUGACGGGCCGUCACUGUCUCAUCCUCUGUGUCGUGCUCCUCUCACAGCUCCUCCUCAACUACGUCUUCACCUGAGCUGGCUCCUCGGGGAGGAGUUUCCCUCCGACACUGAUCUGUUAUAACCUCCCUCCCAAAAAGCACAGACUCUUAUCAGCAGAAGAGGACAGAGACCUCAGAUCAGUGCUAGGAGGGCAACUUUAUCCUCUAAGAGGGGAGUAGCAUGGACAUUUAUAGCAAUAAACACAGCCACAGCCACCGCCUGUCAGUCAUCUGCGAAGAGGAACGGCACCCCCUAGUGUAGCCAGACUGAAACAGCAUCGGCACACUUGCACUUUGGACAGAGGGAGGAAGGAUGAGAGGCGAGCAUGGCUCGGAAGUUUCGGAAUAAAAAGAUGAAAUGUAUGACAGAGAUGAAGAAUGAUUUUGUAAAAAAAAAAAUGACAGAGAGGAUGUUCACCAUUCCUUAGUGUCUUUUUAUAUUGCCCUGCAAUACUGUUUGUCUUGGUGUGCCUGUAUAUGUGUUCUCUUCGUAUGUACAGCACAGUAGGCCCUAUGGGUGCAGGCAGGUCAGAUUUUCGGGCCUUAACGCUGAAGCCAAAAAGAAGAUAAACAAACAGAAGGAAAAUCUUCCAACAGUGCAAUUCUGUAUGUUUUGUAUUCAUUUACGCCCGAUCACACUCUGUCUCGUCUUUUAAUGAUGAUGAUUUUACCAAAACAGUAUUUAUAAUCCGAGAGGACAAAGAGUACUUGUUUACAGGGGAGCACUGUUUGUGUUUGUACUGACACAUAGGAAGAAAGGAGGCAGGGCAGGGAGCCAAACAGUGUGUCUUUGUAUCUGUGUGCCUGUAGUGCUGUAACAGAAGGGAUAAUAGCUUAGCACUGCUGUGGUGUAGACCAUGACACCAGUGUGUACAAUCAGUUACAUACGGAAGCAGCGUGAAAAAACACAACAACAAUUAGUCAUUUGGCCUGAUAGAAGGGGCUUGUGUGUGUAUCUUGGUCCAUACCAUGUUCAAGUGACUGUUUUAAGAUGUACACACUUAGCAAUGAGUUGUUUGUUUUGUCUUUUAAUCAAACUGUACAUAUUUGUCUGGAGGUCUGUGUUUGAAAAAGAGAUUUCAGAAUGUAUUUAUUGGGUGAUUAACCUUGACUUUCCUAAUCUAAUUCAGCUUGGAGGAUGGAGACCAGGGCUGACAAUCGCUCUCCCAGGGUUGAGUGUGUUCGUCAUAUGUGUCUGUGUGUGUGUGUGUCUGUGUGAGAGAGCACGUGUGUGUGAGUAAGCCAUUAUGGUUGUGCUAUAAUAAAAAGCCAGAUCUGUGAUCUUGACUUCACUGGUUUUUAGUCCUAGAGAUUCAAUCUCCAUCUCCAGUACUGAUCUAACUGACGGGAGAGAAGAGGCGAGCACAAGAAGGAAGUCGACUCUUUGAAUGCUUUUAUUUACACCUUGAUUUGUUUAUUCUUUUCCUUUUUUUCUACUCUACUGCCAUGUUGUAGGGACUCUACAUGCCAGAUAUUUUGUCAUGAUACUCCAGAAAACAUGAUGUUGCCUGAUGUUUUCAUUCAUACCUGUUGUGUACUGUCACACUACAGUAAAACAUUUUAACCCUUA